AUGAGUACUGUUAUUCAUCCAUUGGUUCUGUUCACAAUUGGCGAGACCUUGACGCGGAGAAUCGACUCCAACGUUGGAGUCUUGUUAGCCAGGUCUGGUUCGAAAUCGUGCGCCGUGGUCGCGAGCUUCCCCUUAGUGUUGAGUGGUGACUUUCAACUCUCCAAAUUUGAUGGAUUGCUGAAAGACUUUUCUGUGGUUUACCCAGCAUCGCAAUUCUAUGGGUUCUACUAUAUAACAUCUGCUGAUGCGACCUCCGAGACAGUGAUCAAGACACAAAUUGCUGAGCUCUAUAAUGGUGCGAACAUAUAUCUGGCCGAUGAUUCAAAAAGACCAGUAAUGAGAUUUGACAGGAACGUAUUUGAAAACGACGGCCAGAACGAGAAUGGUUCGGAGAUUCCAUUCGUCAAUCUGUAUGAUCUUGUCAGCAACGACCCGAUCGAGUACUCCAUGAGGUCAUUUGCAUCGGAAAAAAUUGCAAUUGAUGGUAUAUCUCACCAUUUGAAAGACAGCACUGCAGAUGCCAAGUCUAGUGAAUCGACUCUGGCGAAGCUGGAUACGGCUGUUGCCGAUAUGGAGGCCUUUCUGGCCACAAUGAGAGGAAACAUCGAAGACACAUUACAGUACUUGUACAAGGUGCAAUUGGGAGAAACGCGAAAGGACGAUUCUUUUUUGAUCCAGCUGGAAACGAUACUGGAUAAGAUUGACCGUUUGUCGCGUGAAGAUCACGAUAUACCGCGUACCAAUUCCCGCUUGGUGCAAAAACUAAAGGACGAGAUCAGUUUGAACCUAUCCUUGGUGCUGACUCAGGUUGAGUUAGUGGAAAGGCAGAUAUGA